AUAGUAGGAGCUUCAUCAUGGCCAGCAGCUACCUUAAGCCGAAGGAGAAAACUCUGCAAAACCUACGAGAUAUUGCUAGUCGCCUUCGGAUUCACUCUAUUCGGGCAACUUGCGCUUCGAACUCCGGACACCCAACAUCAUGUUGCAGUGCAGCAGAGAUCAUGUCUGUGUUGUUCUUUCAUACCAUGCGCUACAGGCCAAAUGAACCAGGCCACCCCAGCAACGACCGCUUUGUGCUCUCAAAGGGUCAUGCUGCGCCUAUACUCUACGCUGCAUGGGCAGAAGCUGGUUUUAUCAAGGAGCCUGAGCUGUUAAAUUUGAGGAAAAUAGACUCUGACCUGGAAGGUCACCCGACUCCUAGACUUCCUUUUGUGGAUGUGGCCACUGGUUCCUUGGGGCAGGGUCUGGGAGCUGCCUGUGGAAUGGCCUAUACAGGAAAAUACUUUGAUAAAACCAGUUACCGAGUUUACUGCCUACUGGGUGAUGGUGAAUCCUCUGAGGGAUCAGUAUGGGAAGCCCUACAAUUUGGGUCUCACUAUCAAUUGGAUAAUCUAGUGGCCAUUAUUGAUGUGAACCGGCUGGGACAAAGUGAAGCAGCACCACUGGGCCAUGAUACAGAUGUUUAUCAUAAGCGCUGUGAAGCCUUUGGAUGGAAUACCUGUGUUGUGGAUGGUCAUGAUAUGGAGGAACUAUGCCAGGCUUUAUGGCAAGCAAGUCAACAAAAGGGGAAGCCCACCAUGAUUGUGGCCAAGACUUUCAAAGGACGAGGAAUCCCAGGUGUGGAGAAUACUGACAAUUGGCAUGGAAAGCCCAUUCCAAAAGACAAAGUGGAAUCUAUUAUCUCUACUAUUCAGAGUCAAAUCCAGACUAGUGAUGUUUGUACUAUCCAGCCACCUGCUCAAGAUGUGCCACCAAUCAAUAUUGUGGAUAUCAGAAUGCCUUCUUUACCUACCUAUAAUAUAGGAGAAAAGGUGGCUACCCGCAAAGCCUAUGGUUUAGCCCUGGUAAAACUGGGAAAGACUGACAAGCAUGUGGUUGUUUUGGAUGGUGACACAAAAAACUCCACUUUUGCUGAGCUUUUCAAGCAGGCCCAUCCAGAACGCUAUAUAGAGUGUUACAUUGCUGAGCAGAACAUGGUGAGUGUUGCUCUGGGCUGUGCUGCUAGGAACCGCACCAUUGCAUUUGCCAGCACCUUUGCUGCCUUUUUCACUCGAGCAUUUGACCAUAUCCGGAUGGCUGCUAUCUCACAAUCAAAUAUUAAGCUUUGUGGGUCACACAGUGGGGUUUCUAUAGGAGAGGAUGGGCCCUCUCAGAUGGCUUUGGAAGAUCUAGCCAUGUUCAGAACUAUUCCAGGUUGUACUGUGUUUUACCCAAGUGACGCAGUCUCCACUGAGUAUGCUGUUUGUUUGGCAGCAAACACUAAGGGAAUAUGCUUCAUUCGUACCAGUCGUCCAGAAACUCCUAUCCUGUAUUCUCAGGAAGAAAAGUUUGAAGUUGGCCAUGCCAAGGUAGUCCGUAUAAGUGAUGCUGACAGAGUAACGGUUAUUGGAGCAGGUGUCACACUUCAUGAAGCCCUUUCAGCUGCCGAUGAACUAGCCAAACAAGGGAUCUAUAUCCGGGUAAUUGAUCCAUUUACAAUCAAACCUUUGGAUGCUGAUACCAUCAUUUCCAAUGCCAGAGCCACUGGGGGACAUAUCAUUACAGUUGAGGAUCAUUACAAAGAAGGUGGUAUUGGUGAAGCUGUGGCUGCAGCUGUCUCUGGAGAACCUGGAAUUUUAGUCCAGAGUCUAGCUGUGUCAGGUGUGCCUCGGAGUGGAAAACCUGCUGAGCUCUUAGAUCUCUUUGGGAUCAGUGCAAAACACAUAAUAACAGCUGUGAAGAGCACCUUUGCCAAUUGAUUUGACAGGGAUGAAGUAAAGAAGGGUUAUGAAAUUAUGAAAAUGAAUUCUGAAGAGCAGGGUGACAGCUGCUUGGUUCUCUAGGUAGUCAAUCAAAAGUAACCCCUUAUGAUUCCAAAACCUGCAAUGUUUAACUUUUAAUUUUUUGACAAUUGCACUUAAUAUUAGUUUCAUGGGUUUUGGACCGGAUUCUGAGUGCAAAUAAGCUUAAAACUGUUUUAUAAUACAAUUCUCAUCCCAUCAGUAUAUCAUUCCUUCUUUCUUAUCUGUAAUUGCACAUUAACUGGAUCUGACUAUUCCACGUGGACCAAUAAUGCUCAUCGGAGUUUAUGGUUACCUUCUCUUGUCUUUGAUUCCUAUCCUACUUGACUUUCUCCUCUUCAGCCCGACAUUCCAAAACUAAGUUGGGUAAAUUUUCCAUGGGCUAUUUCCUGCCUGAAAAAGUUAAUGCAUAAUUAGUUUUUAUUUAACAAAAAUGCAAGUACCUCUUUUGGGAACGUGGUCAUCUAAAUUCUUCAAGUAUAUAUUACUAAUGGUACUGUCUGAUAUAAUUAUUAAGUAUGGAGUGGUUCCAAGGAGAUGCAGGCUUAAGUCCAGCUUCCUCUACAGCAGCUCACAGCGAUUUGGGUCCAUUCAUACUCUCUCAACCCAACCUACCUCACAAGUUGUUGUGGGGAAAAUGGAAACAGGAAGCUGCUUAUAUGCUGCUAUGAGUUUUCUGAAGGAAAGGAGAUAUAAACUUAACAAAUAAGCAGACUUAAUUGUGACCAAGAUAAUGUUUCUGUCUUACAUGUGCUUUUACUGCCAUCAAGCAAAUCAAUAAACUCACUUUAUUGUGGAA